CCCACCCUCGCUCACCACACCAUGAGGCAGCUGAUCCGGCGGCUCUCACGCGUCGGCGACUGCUCGCCGCCGCCGCUGCCGUCGUCGGCCCAGGAGAGGCGGCGAGGAGGGAAGGGAAGCAAGGCGCACGCGGGGGUGCCGGAGGGCCACGUGCCGGUGCACGUUGGCGGCGGCGCGGAGGGCGCGGAGGAGCGGUUCCUGGUGCGCGCCGAGGUGCUGGGCGCGCCGGCGCUCGCGGACCUCCUCGGCCGCGCCGCGCAGGAGUACGGGUACCGCCACCAGGGACCGCUCCGCAUCCCCUGCCCCGUCGCCGUCUUCCGCCGCGCGCUCGCCUCCGUGGCCGGCGACGACGACGAGGGGCAGGACGGCGAGUAGGAGGAAGCCGGCCGCCUAGCUUGUUGUUGGGCUGGGCUCGUGCGUGGGGUUGGGCCUGAUUGUUUUUUGAGGCUUGGGCUUUUCUGGAACCUCAUGGUUGUUGUCCUCCUCCCCCUCCGUUUCUGUUUAUUUUCCAUGUUAACUAUAAUUACCAUAUGCAUGGCUUCAAUCCUCCCUCCUCUUGGGCGUUGCAAACUUGUAACGAGCAGGGAGAGAGGUAGAGAUGAUGGUGCUAUCAAUUAAUUGAUCUUAUCCA